AAAACAAAUAUUUAAUUAAUGGUAUUAUGACCACGGGAAACUUUGGUGCGCCAAAAUAUUAAGAUUUCGGUUAAGGAAGAUGUUAGGAAAUUUGUAUUCGCAUAAGUGACAUAUAAACCGCAUGAUAACAACUCUGCUAUUUCGCAAUGUCCAAUGUUCACUGAACUUACCACCCAAUAAUUGUAAAUAAACAUAAAAGCAAUCUGAUAAUAAUUUUAGAAGGAGAUAUAUUAAUUGAACUGUUUUGGGUACUAAAGAGCAUUUCUUUUGAAAUGUCUGAUAUUACACCAAUUUCCUCCAAACCAGCCAUAGUCGAAAAAGACUCCAAAUAUAAAACGCAAGCGGCAGCAUUUCUUGGACUGGUUGGUGGAGUAUCUGCGAUAUUUGGAUUUUCUAAAACACUGGGAAAGGCAAAAGAAUCACAUAGUAAACUGAUAGAGAAAAGUGGACGUGAGGCAGGUAUCUUGCUUGAGGAGGGCUCUGUGUUGGCAAUGCGUGCAUUAGGUUGGGGUACUUUUUACGCAUUUCUAGGUACAGGAGUGUUUUGUUAUGGUGUUUGGAAACUAUCUGGAGCCAGAAAUAUGGACGAGUUUCGUCUGAAAAUGGGUCAAGGAUUACCAAGAAUAACGAAAGACACGCCACCAACUAGUCGUACGGAUUUUGAAUCACUGACAGAUUUAAUGAAAUACUUGGGUUCGGGAUGUAAGGAAUAACUAUUACCUUGCGGUCACAUGCAUAAAAAUGGUUGAAUAACUUAAUAUUUAGGAAAAUAACUAAUAAUAUCCUAAGAGAUUUAGAACAUAACAAAAAACUGUAAGUUUAGCCUUUUUGGUAAAAUAAACCUUAUGUUUGUUUAUUUGCUAAA